ACCACAGCUCUGGAAAAAAAAAAACACAACAGCUCGUCUCAGUUUGUUUCCUGUUAGCAUCAGCAUUUAACAACGCAGCCGCGGUUAAACUGAACGUGUAACAUGUUAAAUUAACGAAGGCUCUUUCUGUUUCUGGUUGACGUUAUCUUUGCUGUGGCGGUAAAAAAAAAAUUAAAAAAAAUAAAAAGCACGCUGAAGGAUAAUCGGAGCUGUUGACGCGCUGCGAGCUGCCGAGGCUGCGAGCUAACUGUAGCUAACACCCAGCAGAGGAAGAUGGGCUCCAUCCUCAGUCGCAGGAUCGCUGGUGUUGAGGAUAUCGACAUCCAGGCGAACUCUGCAUAUCGAUUCCCACCGAAGUCUGGGAAUUAUUUUGCAAGCCACUUCUUCAUGGGAGGAGAGAAAUUCGACACACCGCAUCCGGAGGGAUACCUCUUUGGUGAAAACAUGGACCUGAAUUUUCUUGGAAAUCGGCCAGUGCAGUUUCCAUAUGUGACGCCUGCACCCCACGAGCCUGUGAAAACUCUGAGGAGUCUGGUCAACAUCAGAAAGGACUCCUUGCGUUUGGUCAGGUACAAAGAGGAAUCUGACACACCGGUGGAGGAGGGUGGAAAACCAAAGGUUCAGUAUGGUGUGGAGUUCACCUUCGAUGCUGAUGCUCGGGUGGCCAUCACCCUCUACUGCCAAGCAUUUGAGGAGUUCUCCAACGGGAUGGCAGUGUACAGCCCAAAGAAUCCCUCACUGGUCUCUGAAACUGUACACUACAAGCGAGGGGUGAGCCAGCAGUUCUCCAUGCCAUUUUUCAAAAUAGAUUUCAGCGAGUGGAAAGAGGAAGAUUUGAACUUUGACCUUGACCGAGGAGUGUUUCCCAUGGUGAUCCAAGCUGUGGUUGAUGAAGGGGAUGAUUGCCUUGGACAUGCUCACGUACUUUUGGCAGCCUUUGAAAGACAUGUUGAUGGCAGUUUCUCCAUCAAGCCUCUGAAGCAGAAGCAAAUAGUGGACCGUGUGAGCUACCUCUUACAGGAGAUCUAUGGGAUUGAGAACAAAAACAACCAAGAAACCAAGCCAUCAGAUGAUGAAAACAGUGACAACAGCAACGAGUGUGUUGUCUGUCUGUCUGACCUGCGAGAUACACUCAUCCUGCCCUGCAGACAUCUGUGUCUCUGCAACUCCUGCGCAGACACUCUGCGUUACCAGGCCAACAACUGUCCAAUCUGCAGGCUGCCCUUCAGAGCCUUGCUGCAGAUCAGAGCUGUGAGGAAAAAACCUGGUGCUCUUUCCCCUGUGUCCUUCAGCCCUGUUCUGGCUCAGACUAUGGACCAUGACGAGCACUCAAGCACAGACUCAGUUCCUCCCGGCUUUGAACCCAUCUCACUGUUGGAGGCUCUUAAUGGUCUGCGGUCAGUGUCUCCUGCCAUCCCAUCAGCCCCCCUUUAUGAUGAAAUCAACUUCUCAGGGGGUGUGGGAGGUGACAGCAGACAGCUGAGCUCCCCAGAGCAUUUAAGUGAUGGGAGUCUGCAGAAAGGCAAAGUCAGCAAGUCACCUGACAGCACCCUUAGGUCCCCAUCCUCUCCCAUCCAGGAGGAAGAUGAGGAGAAGCUGUCCGAGAUGUCUGAUGCUCAGCCACACCCAAUGCUGUCCAGCAGCCCCGCCCCCACAGACGCCACAGCAACCGAGGACGUGGCAGAAUCCCUGUCCCCAGAUGAUGAGGACAGGAUGCAUUCUGAAGGGGACAUCUUACAGGACUGCAGCAGUGAACACAGCAGCUUGACCAAAACAGAGAGCGACCCACCAGGUGACUUGUCUCUGCCAGCUCUUGGUCCUGAUGCCUGCUCUAUUGGUAUGGAGGAAUAACUGUGGGUCAUCAGAGUCUACGGAAAGCCUGAAAAGUCAGAGCACAAACUGCUCCAGCCAACCUCUCCUGUGUCCUACAAGCAGCCUUCAUAUGGAGGAUGAGCACCUCAACCCCUGACUCUGGUCCAGCCUUUUUCUUCCCAUCCAUCAGAACAGAUUUAUGCUUUACAAAGAUCAUCCAGUCCUUCUGUUCCUUUUACCUUCCUUUUUGUGAUCAGAGCCAAUGACAGCCCUGAAAUGAAGUCCACCAGGACGAGGGUGGACUGUGUUUGUUCCAUCAAAAGAAAUUUGACUCCUGCAAAGAUGACUGAUGUUUUUAAAAAAGACAUUGUUUCUCCAGCUUUGAAAACAUUUCAUUAACUGUCAGAUGGUGUUCAGUUUUGUGUCUUGGCCAGACUUGUGGUCUAGUAAUGUGGAUUCCAGAGAUAUUUCACUACCUGUCAUGGUGGUGCUUUUAAGCACACUUACUUUAAACUGUAUCAAUUGCUUAACACUAAAUUCAGAAGAAUUUAUAAAUACAGUUUGUGUUUAGAUAUUGUAUUCAUCAGUGAAAUACAUUAAUGACUUAAGAACUUGUUUUCCAGUCAGGUUGAUUUGAGUUAUGAGCAGAAAUUUUAAAACAUAUUACUUAUGUAUCUGUGUGUCCAUUUGAAGUGAUUUUGCACUCUGACAAAAUCGUUUAUAAUCCAUUCCUUAUAACAAGAGUUUAUGAUGAGAUUAGUUUAAGUUGUAUGCAGUCUUAAAGAUCUAUGUGUCACUUUUUGAUUAUUUCAAAUUAUGUGAUAUCUAUGUAUCAAAACUGUACUAGAAUCCUGUGUAGUUAUUCCAAAAUUGUAUACUUGCAUAUUACAUAAAAAAAAAAAUCCUAAUAUUGAAGUAAUGCAGCUAGACUCAGUUAAAAUGCACAUUGUUUAAGAUAAAUAAAUAAGAGCUACAGAUUCACAUCCUAACAGCUGAACUCAAAGAUAGCUAAAGCCUGCAACAAGCAUAGAUGCUACAUGUAUUCUGACUCAGUGUGGCACAGUAAGUGUGCUUGUCGUAGAUGUGGUACAUCUCUGUACAGUCUUUUUGUGGCAAUGCCAGUGUCUGCUUAUGUGACGUAGCUGCAAAAAAGGGUUCAGGUGUUUGUGGCUGCAACGCCUUUACUUUCCUUGGUCCUGUAUGUGUAGCGCCAUGCAUAUAGAUCUAUGUGCCUUGAAUUGGUAUGGCUGCCUGCUUGUUGCAUUGGACAUUAGUGUUCUUAUAAAUGCUACAAUAUACAAGUUUUCAGCCCGUAGACAGGAUUUUUGAUGCUGAUGUACAGAACCCUUUUUUCUAUUGCAAACUUCAUGCUACUGGAAAAAUGUAUCUCGUUAUUGUUAUUGCAAUAUUAAAUUGAAUUGUUCAUUUAUUAUUUUAUGGCCAUAUAUCAAUUAUGCAUUUAAUCUUAGUGUUUGGGUUCAAGUGCAUUCCUGUAAGAUACAUUUGAUUGGAAGGAACACAUUCAAUGCAAUAAAUUGACAUUAAAUAAUAUUAAAACAUUGCAUUUUAAUAAUUGGGCUAGCAUUUGCAUGUGAAUUUGUAGAGGCUUAAAUCUCUCACUGCUUUUAAGUAACAUGUUUAUUUUUUAUUUUUCCCCCCUCAUCUUCUGUGCCAUUUCAACUUGACACCGUGCCUUCCUGUUCCUGUUUUGACCACUAUUGACCUGGUAUCCAGGAUAACUCCACAGUAGGUGGUUUGUGGCUCUGUAAAAUUAAUACCUGUCUUUCCUUGUGUGUAUAGCAGCAUGUGUAUAACAAUAAAGAACAAAGAUUCAGUACUUCAA